AUGCCCAGUGUACUACAGGAAAAUUUUAUACAAUCGCUACCAUCCAAAAUUUAUUAUAGACAAAAUUUUGAGACAAAAAUCAAUUAUUGCUUACACUUUGAUGAUAAUAGCAAAUUUAUAGAAAAACAAACUGAGGUAUAUAAAAAUGAAAAAAUUAAAAGUAUUGCAGAUAAGCUUAUGAGGCCUUUGUGUUAUGUGGCUUUUACUGAUAUAGGUGAUAAAUGUAAUAAGCAAUGUCAUUAUUUGUACUAUUGGUUAGGAAAUGAAUUAUUUAAUAAAUUAGAGGAAGAUUCAUUUUCAGAAGUUAUUGGAAUACUUGAGGAUGUUUCAAAUGUUCUCUCUGGGGGUGUUAAAUGCAAAUGUAAUUUUUUUAAAGACGUUAAUAAGGAGAAGUUUGAAAAAAUGAAGAUUGUGUAUGAUUAUUGUAAAGAUCACGAGAAGAUUGAAAAUACUUUGGAACUACAUAAGAAAAUAUGUGAUAGUAAAUUUAAUGAAUAUCUUGUUAAAGCUACUGGUGAAUAUGAGGAAGUGUAUAAUUGUACAAAUACAAAACCUGAACCAUAUUUUAAAGAACUUAAAAAGCAUGUUCCUAGUUGCUUUAAUGAAAAAUUACCUCGUUUGAAAUGUGAAAUAAAGGAAGUUUCUGCACAAGAAAAAGGUUUAAGCCAAUAUGAUACCAAUUAUCUUGACCCAAAAUAUGUAAUUAAUGCAUCUACCUUUAGUUCAUUUCAAAUUUCUCUGUUCUUUGUUCUACCCUUUGUCGGCAUUUUCUUCAUUGGCUUCCUACUAUAUAAAUUUACUCCAAUUGUAUCAUGGAUACAUACAAAAGUAUUAAAGAAAAAAUCAAUUAGACGUAAUUUGGAUGAAGUGGAUAUACUAGAAUUAACAGGAUACACGAAUGGACAAAGAAAAUCAAAUUUAGGUAGAAAACAACUAAAUGUAGCAUAUCAUGUCGCAUGA